AUGAACCACAUUGGCGUGGGAAAAUCGCCGCUAGUCGCGCGAAAUAGACUCAGGUAUAUCCCGCCGUCAUUCAAGAAACAGAAUGGUGCAGAAAACUCGAGUGGAGAUGGUGUAUUGACAGAUAUCAUAGAGAAUGAAGAACCCAACGAUCCAUCCAGUCUGUCAAACUUUCUACCAUCUGAUGGAAUCGCCACAUUGCUCACAACCACGUAUUCGCUUCUUAUUCUUUGCUUCUUCAAGCUGCUUCUAGAUCGAAUUCGUCCUGGCGCAACCAAUAACUCGAAACAAAACUUGAGUAUUCCGUCUGGGGAUGAAGAUAGUCAGGAACAAUUGCCAAAUUUGGAUCCUCCAAACGAUGCAGGCGAAGCAAAGGCCAAUUUGAGGAUUCCAGAGAUUCCCAGCGAUUUAUCUUUUGGCAAAUUUGAGAAACCCAAAAGCACAGACAUUCUCCCGGAAGAUCUUUUAACGCCGUCUAUCCUGAAGAACAAGUACACAAAUUUGUACGAAUCCAUGUUUGAGGUGGAUUCCGAUGAAGAAGACACGCUCGAUCUCACUGCUCAAUACGGUACUUCGUUGGGCAUCAGUGAAGGUUCAAACUAUACCCCCGAGACAGGAAACUACGACAGCAAUGGCUACAUCAACAACCAAUCUAUUUAUGACCAGUACAUUGAAACUGGCGAUCAUUCAUUUAAUCCAUUGGAUACCAUCGACACUUCUGCAUACAUAGUCGGUGCACGUCAUUUGAGUCGGAAUGCCCAACUGCAACCUAAACAAGACACAUCAUUUUCUCUUGAGCCGUCCGACGAAUAUGAUCACGUAGUCUCCAAAUUCUAUACUCCGUUCAAGCCGGUUCCUCGCAAGGCAUUCUCCCUAACAGAUGCUAUAUUGGCCAGCAUCCCUUCCAGCUCACUCUCCGGGUUUCUUCGGAGAGAGCGCGAAUGCAUUCAGGAUCUCAUACUGAAUGAAAGAAAAGCAAAGCUUUCAGUUAUCCUUCCGCUCUCUUCGCAGCAACUACAAGUUGUGAACAAUUUCUGGUCUGCGCGUCAAAAUAGCCCUGUGGUCUCGGCCUUCUCAAUAGAUAUCUCCACCAGAGAUCUAGGGACAUUGGCCGAUGGAAGAUGGCUCAAUGACAACAUCAUAGAUUUCUAUUUGAACAUGGUCACUGAACGAUACCCUGGCGUGUAUUGCUGGACUACGCAUUUCUUCACCACCCUAAAAUCAAAAGGUUAUCAAGGUGUUGCACGAUGGGCAAAGCGUAGAAAAGUCAAUGUGACAGAAAAGUCUCUUGUGAUUACACCAAUUAAUAUCAUGAGUACACAUUGGGCAGUCGCCAUCAUUGACAAUGAAGCCGCUACCAUCUCUUACUAUGAUUCUUUGGCUUCGAAAGGAAAUCUCAACGCGGUGCAGUUAUUGCAACAAUAUAUGACUAAGGAAAGUGAGAGACUACUGGUAACGCCGCGCGAAUACACCCUUCAUCCAAAUAUGAAUACUCCGCAACAACUGAAUGGGUUUGACUGUGGAGUUUUCUCUUGCACCGUUGCGAAAUACAUCUCAGGAAAAAUGCCACUCACUUUCACUCAAGAUGAUAUGAAAACUAUAAGAAGAAGAAUGGCCUAUGAAAUUAUACAGAAGUCGUUCCUAGAAAAACUGCCCUCUUCUCAUUUGUGA